CAAACUGCUAGCAGCAAGGUCAAGAGGGCAUGCACCUGCCUCCGCUCCUCCUGGUCCUGCUGAGACCCACCAGGCUCAUCUGUGGAUGCUAUGACUUGGACAAGGGCUUCCGGAGUUUCUGCAAGUUUGUUCUUGGACUCUGCGUGCUCGGGGUGUUCUAUGAGGGAUUGAGCCUGCUCAGGAAGCAGAACGUUUGGGAAGAAGUAGGAUCAUUCAACACCUACGGCCUGGGUGUCUACCGAAUCUUACUUUUCAUUUUCUUGGGCGCCGCCCAGAUUGUUGGCAUGCUCGCGCACAGCAAGAGAAACUCCUCUCUGGCUAAGAUCGUCUUCAUCGGAUGGAUGGUUUUUGCGUUCUUGUACCUGAUCUUCGAGAUCAUUCGUUUGUCGACCAUUGAAACGGAUGCCCUUGCCAUUGAGAAUCAAUCAUGCGACAAAUGCAGAGAACUGUUUCCUAACGCCACAUCAUGUCAAGAUCCAAAGGUGAUGUCGUGCACAAAGUACGACGUUUCACGCUUCAAAUCCUUCGCAUACCUGUAUUCUUCGCUGUCUAUGGUCUUCACGUCGCUAUUCAAUAUUUACGCCACCAUGAUGGCCAGGUCAUUCUGGUUCUUGUUGAGGGAUGAUGUACAGAUUGACUUUGGUAACGAUCCUUUCCGGUCCAUGGAUUCAAACCCUGAGGGUGGGAAUAGCCUUUAUGUGAAGAUGGAGAAUUUAUUCAAUGCGUAGCUCUGCUAAUCAUACGACCAUGUGCAAUUUAUCUGUACACAAGGGCACCGCCACUGAAAUUUUCCAUCCGAGUGACUGAUUCGAGGGAGCCUUUAUUCAAGUUCCUUUUUGUGCACUGCCGAAACUUCCUCCAAGUGUCAUUCCGAGGCUUCUGAUUCCAGGUUCAGUUCCUCCUCUUUACUAUUCAGCCUUCAGUUAAGUUUAGAUGUAUGUAAUCCUUGACUCAAAGUGAAUUCAAAAAACAGUAC